UAGUGAUUGGGACAGACUAACUCUGCCGCCUCCUGUCGACAGCAGCGGUCAUUACAUUCCAUUGAUUGGACGUGCUACAAACUAUCCGCCUCUAGUCGCUGUUGUCUCCUUCGGCGUGUGGUGAAAGCCAGCCAAAGAACAGUAAAAUGGCGCUUACUUCCCAAGGAACAAAGAAAAAAGUUUGCUACUACUAUGAUGGUGAUGUGGGAAAUUACUACUAUGGUCAGGGUCACCCCAUGAAGCCCCACCGAAUCCGCAUGACUCACAACCUGUUGCUCAACUAUGGCCUCUACAGAAAGAUGGAGAUAUAUCGUCCACACAAAGCCAGUGCAGAAGAGAUGACCAAGUAUCACAGUGACGAUUACAUCAAAUUCCUGCGUUCAAUUCGACCGGACAACAUGUCAGAGUUCAGCAAACAAAUGCAGAGAUUCAAUGUCGGAGAGGACUGUCCUGUGUUUGAUGGUUUAUUUGAGUUCUGCCAGCUCUCAGGAGGGGGCUCUAUAGCCGGUGCGGUCAAGUUGAACAAACAGCAGACAGACAUUGCUAUCAACUGGGCUGGAGGCCUGCAUCACGCCAAGAAGUCUGAGGCCUCAGGGUUUUGCUACGUCAAUGACAUCGUGCUGGCUAUUCUGGAGUUACUGAAGUACCACCAGAGAGUUCUGUACAUAGAUAUUGACAUCCAUCAUGGGGACGGUGUGGAGGAGGCUUUCUACACCACAGACCGUGUUAUGACCGUUUCCUUUCACAAGUAUGGAGAGUACUUCCCUGGCACAGGCGACCUGAGGGACAUUGGUGCUGGAAAGGGUAAAUACUAUGCUGUGAAUUACCCUCUGAGGGAUGGGAUUGAUGAUGAGUCAUAUGAAGCCAUAUUCAAACCUAUAAUGGCCAAGGUGAUGGAGAUGUACCAACCCAGUGCCGUGGUCCUCCAGUGUGGAGCUGAUUCUCUGUCAGGAGACAGACUUGGUUGCUUUAACCUCACCAUUAAGGGCCAUGCCAAGUGUGUGGAGUACAUGAAGAGUUUCAACCUGCCACUGCUAAUGCUAGGCGGAGGAGGCUACACCAUCCGUAAUGUGGCACGCUGCUGGACGUAUGAGACUGCUGUAGCCCUGGAUACUUCCAUCCCCAACGAGCUCCCAUACAACGACUACUUUGAGUACUUUGGACCAGACUUCAAGCUGCACAUCAGCCCCUCCAACAUGACUAAUCAGAACACCAAUGAUUACCUGGAGAAGAUCAAGCAGCGCCUGUUCGAGAACCUGCGAAUGCUGCCCCACGCCCCAGGAGUUCAGAUGCAGGCCAUCCCCGAGGAUGCUAUACAGGAGGACAGUGGAGAUGAGGAAGAGGAUGACCCCAACAAACGCAUAUCCAUACGUGCUCAUGACAAGAGGAUAGCGUGCGAGGAGGAGUUUUCUGACUCUGAAGAUGAAGGCGAGGGAGGCCGCAGAAAUGCAGCCAGCUUCAAGAAAGUCAAGAGAGCCAAAACUGAAGGAGAGAAAGAGGGAGAAGAAAAGGAGAAGAAAGGUGAGGAGGAAAUAAAAGAAGUAAAAGAAGAAGAGAAAGUGCCAGAGGAGGAGAAAAUGGACACCUCAAAGCCUAAAGAGGAGUCCAAAACACCUUGAGGUCCUCAGCAGCCAGUGAUGCCAGUUCAGCUGAUCGGGAUGGAGGAAGAUUUUUUGGGUAAAUCAUCUUUCCAGGCUGCUGCUGUGGAACUCGAUGGACUAUACCUUAGUAAUGAGACCGCACUCCCUCCCUGGGACAGAGAGUUCUUAACAUGAUUUUCUAGGACACCUUUUCAACUUUGCUGUUUAUGGACUGAAGUCAGUCAGUGUUUUUGAGUAUUAUUUUUUGUAUGUUUUCUCUUGUUUGUUUUUUUUUUAUCCUUAACCUUUUUAUGCUAUGGCAUUUGCUUUUCCCCAACUCUGUAAAGUGGCCGAGUACAUGUAUGCUUUUAUAUAUCUGAUGGAUUUAAUUUAUUUAAAUCAUAGAUAUUUUGGCUACUCUGGUUUGUCUCUCAGUUCCUCUUUUGUCCUGUGUCUUUGAAUACAUAGUUGAUGCAUGUUUAUACAAAAAAUACUUUUCUGUCAUACAUUUGUGUCAUGGAUUUUGUCUGACUGUCCACAAAUGGUUAAGAGGGUUGUGUAUAUACCUAAAUACUGUUUACAUGUCAUAGUGUAAGUACAACACAGUCUUAUAUUUUAGAAUGUAAUUUAGUAUGUGCCCUUUACUGACACAUCGACAACUUCUUUAGCAGAUUUCCAGGACUCCACCGAAAUUUGGACUUGAAUGUCCACUAGUUUUCAGUUUAAAAAUGGGAGGCAAGACAGAUGCCAGCACUCAUUUACUGUGUAUAUAUUUGUAUUCUGAAAGUGUUCUACAAGAAAUCCUGCAAAUGUCAUUUAAAUCUGACCGACCCCGGUGUGUGUUGACAACACCAAUAAAAAAUCUGCCCUAAAAAGUUA